AUGGAAUCAGUGACUUCUUCUAGUCGCAGAUCCUCAUCAUCAUAUCGUUACAGCACAUCCAGUAGUUUUCGGUCUGAAAGUUCAAGGGCUGGAUCAUGUGACUCCUUGGAUGCCCUCUUGGAGCCUUUUCUCGACUCCCAAGAUUCUUCCAGCUUUUUUUGUGAAGAGGGCCACGGGGGCCCCACUUGCCACCAGGCCCCAUUUGGCGAGAACAGAAGAUCCUCUUACGGGCACAAUGCUCCAGUAGGUGGCCCAAUGCCAGUUUGUCAGACCAAUGCUGGAGGCGUACAACAAGUAGGAGACAGCUACAAUGUAUCUGCUGAUGUCAGCCAGUUUGAGCCGCAUGACGUUGUGGUGAUGGCAUACAACCACCAUGUAGUCAUUCACGCUGAGAAGGUCAAGGAUGAUGGGAGUGUCAGUGACACAUUCACCCAUAAAUCCCUGUUUCCGAAGGACAUGAACCCCCUUUCAGUCUGUGCGACCUUUAACCAUGAUGGUAUCAUGGUUGUUAGUGUCCGACGGGCUAACUCUACAGAUUGUCAAGAUCAUCUGCCUGUCCCAGCUUACCGCAGUGAAGCUUUCCUUUAA